AUGGCUCCUCCCCUUCCGCUUCACGCCUGGUCUUCUGCCGACAUGGUAGACAUUCCACACACUGACAUUCUGACCUUUGCAUUCGAACGGGUCGACCAGUUGGAAAGCGACAAGCCGAUCUUCAUCGAAGCAGGAGAUCCGAAACGAUCCUUCACACCUGCUCAAGUCCUGCGCCUCGUUCGACAACUUGCCAAGGGCCUUAGACAACAUGGUUUGAAAGACGGCGACUGCGUGGGCCUGCAUUCCUACAACAACAUCGAAUAUCCUGUCCUUUGGCUCGGAAUCAUCGCUGCUGGUGGAAUUGUUUCAGGCUCCAAUCCCGCGUACACCGCCACUGAACUCACCCGCCAUUUCAACUUGACUCGCCCAAAGUUCAUUAUCGCUCAGCUCGACACUUUGGAUCCAGUCCUUGAGGCAUCUGCUGCAUCCCGAAUCCCCUCGACCAACGUCUUCUGCCUCGGUGCGAGCCCCUCCCUACCAGACCACGGCUGCAAAAGCUGGGACUCACUCCUCCACUUCGGCGAAUAUGAUUGGCAGUUGAAUCAACCUGAUGCUGAGUCAACUCAGACCCGAAUUGCGGUGUAUGCCAUGACCAGUGGCACUACUGGUCUUCCAAAGGCUGCCCUAAUUUCACAUCGUUAUGUCGUUGCACAGACGGCGAUGCUGGAGGGCCGACUUGAUCAUAGGCCUUAUCAGCCAUCACAACUUAUAUGCCUACCUGUUUUUCAUGCAUUUGCGUCACCCUUGGCUCUGAUCCUUCCCCUGCGUGCAGGGAUCCCUACCUAUUUUCUCCCCAGGUUCAACCUUGCAGAUGUCUUGGGAGCCAUCCAUAGAUUUUCCAUCACCGACCUCCCCGUAGUUCCACCGAUCAUCGCUGCUUUCAACCAGCUGUCAGCUUCAGACAAACACCUUCUCAAACCCUUGCAAUACGUCAUCUGUGCUGGGGCACCUAUGGCCGCGCCCGUUCAGAGUGAUUUGUACAAUUUUCUAUGCCCAGAUGCCGUCAUUGCUCAAUGUCUGGGUACGACAGAGACUGGUUGGCUGACCCUUUUUGCCCCACGCGAGAAGGACGUUUCCGGCAGUGUAGGUCGGCUGAUGCCAAACGUGCAGUUGAAGGUGGUUGCUGAAAAUGGCGAUGCUAUCUUCGAGGACGAUGUUCCCGGCGAAGGUUUUGUGCGAACACCGGCCAUUUUUUCGGGGUACCUCUGUAACUCUGAGGAGAGUGCAGCUUCCUUUGAUUCAGACGGUUUCUAUGGAACCGGCGAUCGCAUCUAUGUGCGAAGCAACAAGGUGUUCCACAGUGGAAGAAUCAAGGAAAUCAUGAAAGUCAAUGGCUGGCAGGUCUCACCAACAGAGCUUGAGGGUGUCUUGUUGCAACAUCCUCGGAUUACAGAUGUUGCGGUGGCUGGUAUCACCAGGUUGAAUCGAUCGGGCCUUACAGAAACCUUGCCUCGCGCCUAUGUUGUUCGUGCGUCUGUUGUCGAAGGCGACACACCCCCCUUGACAGAGCAGGAAGUCACGUCGUUCGUUGCAUCGAGGCUGAUUUCAUAUAAGCAUCUCAAAGGUGGAGCUGUUUUUGUCAAAGCCAUCCCACGGUCCAACACGGGCAAAAUACUUCGACGCCUUCUGGAAAGUGCCGAACUUGAUGACACUGAUCACAAUGCAAGAUCCAAUCUACCGAGGAAGCGGCAAGUCGUCCUCAGAGGAGUCUUUCGGCCUUGA